GGGCAGUUAUGGAAGAAACAGAAGUGCGACGAAUUGUCCGUAUUCGACUUCAAACCAUCAAGAACACUUCGCUUCAUCCUCUCUACUUUCCUAUCCCAGCUUCGAGCCCAUCCAGCCGUUGUGGAUUCUGAUCGUGACACCCGCAUUAUUCGCAACCUACGAAAUGUUUUCAAAAAGCAACGAAAGUUGCAUUUAUCUGAUGAAAUGCAACUAUCUUUAUCGAGAGAAUCCGCCAUCAACAUCCUUGACAAUGAUACGAUCACCGAAGUGUCAGAAUUUAGGCAUUCUGAUGGACUGCAGCCCAGGAAAGAUGGCCGCAAAGAUAGCGCAAUUGGCAUGCCUCCGUCCCAUCACAAACACAGUAUCUCACUGGACAAUACUCGAGAGCCCAAACCUUCUCUAUCCACUCCAGUGGUACCUAUCUUGAAGAGAUCAAGGCGAAUGUCCGAAAAUUCACAACGUGGUGUUAACGAUUCAAAUGAAUGGGCAGCAAGACUGACAUUCGGCUUACGUUCAGUGAAGCGAACGGUCCCAGCAAUGUAUCGUUCUCUCGUUGAAGGAUUUGUUGGAAACAACACUUCAGAUAAUGCCUGUAAAUGUGAUAAUUUUGGACAGGAGUCAAGGAUAUCUCAAGGCUCAUCCGAUGAUAUGAUGGACUUGCGGUCAUACAAAAGCAAUUCUUCCAAAUCAGCUACUCUGAACGCUUCCUAUAGGAACAGAAGGGUUGGCAAAUCAAGUAGUCAUAUUGAGCAGAGCUCCGGAAACGAAUUGAGAUUAUAUGCUCCACGACCACGGCCUUCGCAGUCUCUUACAGAACCUCCUCGAAAUUACUCGGAAUUUUCUAUUGGCAGCGAUAUGUACCAACAACCGCACCCAAAUCCCGCAUGUCCUUACCAUCUUUCCAUCUCUUCACCCAAUGUGGCAUCUCCACCUAAUAUUUCAUAUGUACCAUCAACACUAAGCAAAGCCAAAUCAUUUAGCACCGACAUGGAAAGCUCUAUUCAUAGUGGAUUCAGGAUCGAUAUGCAGUCCAACAUUACCCUACGCCAUCCUCAAAAGCCCUUCAUUUUACAACACCGAUCGGAAGUCAUAAUGCAGCAAUUUUGCAUUAUUGAAAAAGAGCUUCUUGAGCGCGUCACAUGGGUGGAGAUUGUAGAAAUGCGGUGGAAGAAGACAAGAGCACCUGUUUCUCAACGCUCUGGCGAAGGAAAUGGCUCUGCUUCGAAUGUUUUGGAUUGUAAUAUUGACGCCGUCAUAGAAUGGUUCAACAUAACUUAUAUCUGGGUCAUCUCGGAAAUUGUCAGCAUUCAUUCCCUUGAAGUUCGAGUUCAAGUCAUUGAAAAGUUCAUACGAAUAGCUUUGAAAUGCUAUCAUCAUCGCAACUACAGUACACUGUUGCAAAUUCUCCUAGGUCUUCAGUCGCCGUAUGUUUCACGCUUAAACAAGACAUGGAAUCGAGUAGACCAAUAUGAAAGGCAGAUCUUCGAAAGGCUCAAAGAUCUCCCCAAUCCUGAACGAAAUUGGAAACGAGUUCGCAAUUGCAUGACCAGUGCUGUGGAGGCUGUGGCAGAAACGCAAGCAGUGGAGGCGAUCUUGAGCGAUGAUGGCCCAGACCAGCCAAUGUUCUUGAGUCAACGGGGAAGCAUCCCCUUUUUGGGUCUUUAUUUGGCCGAUAUGACGUCCAAUGCUGAAAUGCCAACAUUCAUAUCCAAUUCGGCUGCUAGGGCAGAUAGUGCCCCCUCUACAGACAACAAUGGUACGCACGACCUAGUUAAUAGGUUGGCUAAGACCCCCCUUGUCAAUUACAACAAGUUCCGCAUCACAGCAUCCGUCGUUAAGCAUGUCAUGGCAUUCCAGUUACUGGCAAAAUGUUACCAGUUUGAGCGAUACGAUUCAGUAUACGAUUAUCUGAAGCACAUGGUGUGCAUGGAUAACGAUGAUAUACGAGAAGCUAGUUUCCAAUGUGAAGAAUGACAGACCACGGCGUAAUUUGCACAAUAAAAGUCUAUUUUAUUGCAAACUCUCUAUUUUUCAUGUCGCUUGUCUAUACGCAUUGAGUUGCAGCACAUUCGGAGUCUUAUGAAGUAGUGUAGUUCAAUCCCAUGUUUUUGACUAUGAUGACAUAGCGGUAUCCGAG